AUGAAUUCAAAUACUGAAAUUUCAAAAUUAGAAUAUGAUUUAGAUGAAUAUUUUAAAAAGUCAAAAGCAAGGAAUAAACAAUCAGAGUUGAAAUCAAAAUUGACAUUUUUUAAUAGUUUCUGUUAUACUAGCAAAGUUAUCGAUGGUGAUGUUGAUGAUUAUAAACAAAAUCUUCAAGAUUUAGAUGAUAAUUAUGAAAAUGUAACGGAAGAUGUAAAUACAUCUGAAAUCACAAAAAAUUAUGGUCAAUCAGCCUUAAAGAAUCAUGUUUCAAUAAAGUUUAUUGAAGAGCUUCAACAAGGUUUUGAUGAUAGUAAAAUUGAAGAAGUUAAAUUGGAGCUGAAGAAAUUAGCAAAGAACUUGAUGAUAAUAAAAUAA